AUGUCGUUCCAUCUCUUUCCCCUUCUACCGCUCGAAUUGCGAGUGCAGAUAUGGGGAAUCGCUCUGCGGAGUGCGACCAUGUCAGUUGUCUCCCUUAGCUUGGACACCAUGUGCUCCUCGAAAAGCGGAUUAUCCUGUGCUUCUGAGACUGUUCGGCAACCUGGGUCAUAUCGUAUUGCGCUAUCAUGCAAAGAGGCCUUAGCUGAAUGGGAGAGAACUACAAGUCUCUUCUCGGAGUGGGCCUCUGUCAGGUUCUGCGUAUCUCGAACCAUCUUCUUGCUGCUUGACCUAGUGCAGCUGAAGUCUAACUCAGUGAGCGAGACGCUUCUAUUCACAGGCAGGAUUUCGUGUAUCCAGCAUGUCGCUUUCUUCGCAGAAUCGGAAAUCAAUCUGAUAGAAGUCCUGACGAUCCUCACCAAUCUCAAUCAUCUAGAGACCAUCUUCAUAAUUGUUCCGCAAUGCCCUGUCAAAGAUAUGCCAUCUGUAGAUCGCCACAGGAUCCAGUCAACAGCGCAGUUUUUGGCCAAUCUGACAACUGAGUCACCUCCGACUACAGGUUGUAUCGUGACUGAACCAGUCGACCUUUAUCUAGAAGGCAGCUUUCCCGAUCCCAAAUCCGAAGCGUUCUAUACCGACGUUAAUGCUCCUUCCGUAGAACUUGUAAUGUCACGGUGUAGCAAAGACUGUCAACACGACCGGAAACCUGCCAAAUGGUCGAUUGGUUGCUCUCUGCUUCACUGUACAUGA